AGUUAUUCCAAUAAUUUUAAUAGCUAACCUUACCUGACACAGCCAGAGAUUGACAGAGCUAGGUUCUGGUCGAGGCUCCAUUGAAUCGUGUUUUAGUGUCAAAUUAGUGUCAGUUUGCAGACUAGCGUUUUAACACAUUUGUCCCUCUCGACCCAGGUCGAAUGAGGGCACUGUUACAACAAUAAUGAGGCUAACCUCGGUAAAAUUCUACAUUACAUCCGUAAGCUAAAUUAGCAUUAAUGUGUGUCAUAUCUCUCUUUACACGUCCAGUCAUUGACAUAUGUCAAAGGUUCACACCCUGCCCAAGGGUCUCGACCUGUACCGGGGGUAUCAAUAGCUUCGACUGUGUGUGUAACGCUGGAUACACAACCGUAACGGAUGACAGGACUCCAUUCACCUGUGUCAACAUCAACGAAUGUGCCGGGUCACCCCAAGUGUGUGACAGUAACGCAUGGUGCACCGAUUUAAGUGGCAGCUACUUUUGCACAUGUAUGGAGGGAUUCACCGGCACCGGGACCUCUUGCGAAGCCAUUGAACCUUGUGCCCUGUCACCUUGUCUAAAUGGAGGCACUUGUACGACUAGCGACGAUGGAGCAUCGUAUGUUUGCACGUGUACAGAAUCGUACACUGAUGUUAAUUGUAACACUCAGAUUAGGGAGCAAGAACCCCUUGCGGUUUUCACCAACCCGUUGUCUCAGAUGGCAGAUGUAGAGGAGCGGGUCACCUUCUCCUGUUCCUUCCAGAACGCGCGAAGUUACAGGUGGUACAAAGACAACGUCCCCAUCUUGAGAAGUGAGAACAGGUCCCCGUUAGUUAUAAAUCCAGCUCUGGCCGAGGACCAGGGAUACUAUUAUUGCACUGCUGUCGGGGAGGACGGCAAAACUUUAUCCACAAAACAAGCUUUGUUGACAGUCAAUGGUGUUGAUAACUAUGUAGUAAUGGCGUCAUUCAACAAGAUUUUCAACGACAGUCUUUCGGAAAGAACUUCAUCAUACUUUCAGCAGCUCUCAAAGGAAUUAAUAAAUUUUAUCCUGACACCUCUCCAGAAUAAUUUUGAAGCUACCGUUGCAGUUGGAGUGAACUCCUUCUCACCAGGAAGCGUGAUUACAGAAUUCGGUGUCUAUGUAUACAAUGGUUCAAUACCCGAUGGUGAACAACUGUCAAUCGUCAGUUCUACACUAACAAGCCUUGCUGAGGGGAACCCCAACUUCCUGGACCCAGCUUCUGUUCAAUCCUUUAGUGCAGUGACCUGUCCAGCCGGGACUGUGACAGCCUAUGGCUAUGUGGCCAUGUUUGAAAGUGGAGUCAUCAACAGCAUAGCUAACUCAACCGAUACAAAAUGCCCUGAUUAUACCGUAAAUCAUGACCAUCGUAUAGAAGCCAUUUGUGAUGGUGACACUAUUAGCGCUUGUGUUUGGCUACCCCAGAUGAACUGUGGAAGAAACCUGACUGCUGAUGAACUUCUCACGAUCAUACAAGAGGCCGAAGUCACAGCGGAAAAUGCAGAAAUGAUAGUUGAAGAAGUGGCAGAAAUAACAACCAUGACUGAAACCAUUUCUACGGAAGGUCUGGAGAUUGUGGCAGAUAUCCUCGAAGAUAUCACAGAAAUAGAUUCUACUGAUGUGCAGGUGACUGAGUCUGUUGUGGAUAUUGCGAGCAACAUUGCGAAUCUACCAGAAGAAGAACUAGAAAUGGCUGAAGACGAGAAUGGUGCUCCAAGCCGUGUGGUUAUAUCCCUUGAAGAACAACUCUCUGUAGUUGAGGUGCUAAAUGAAACUCUUCGGAUCGUUGAGCCCAAUAUUGCCGCAGAGGUACUUGAUGUGACAGUGGAUGGACUCAGCCAGGGUAUAACCGUUUUCAUGUCAGCUACGGCCGAUGGAGGAAGCAUUUCAGACGAGGAUUUUCAGGUGGCAGGAGGCGAUCUUACAACAGAGCCAGAUGUGCUUGAAGCUCAGGCGACCCUCUUCAUUCCAUCAGUCUUAGCGGACAGGUUCUCCGAGCUGACGGGCCGGUUGGUCAUCACCACACAUUUGAAUACGGCCCUCUUCAGGGACAGUGAACUAACGGAGUUGAAUCUGAAGGCAAACGAGACGGGAUUCAAGCGAGAGUUGAAUUCCAGGAUCAUAGCGGCGUCGCUCAAUAACGAAGAAAUCGAAAACUUGGAGGAACCCGUGAUGAUUGCAUUUACUCCUACCAAUCCGAAUGGGACAAAUGCCACGUGUGUAUCUUAUGACUUUGAUGAUAACCAAUGGUCCACGCGAGGAUGCAUCAAAACAAGUAAUGACAGCAUAGACAGAAUUACUUGCGAGUGCGAUCACCUUACCAACUUCGGCAUUCUCAUGGAUAUCUAUGGAGGAGAAGGAUUGUCACCACAGGCAGAUUUUAUUCUGGAGAUCAUAAGCUAUGUUGGUUGCUGUAUGUCAAUAUGGGGCCUUGUCAUCACAAUCCUCACAUAUGCUUUUAAUAAGAAACUUCGUGAUCGCAAACCCAACCAGAUCCUGCUGUCCCUUUCCAGUUCCCUGCUCUGUCUAUACAUCGUCUUCCUGGUCAUGAUAUCUGUUGACACAGAACGAGGUAAGGAAGAAAUUCCUCCCCUGCCUUGCUGUAUCUUAGCUGGCUUCCUCCACUAUUUUACCCUGUCAUCUCUAUUCUGGAUGGGAGUCGAGGGCUACAACAUGCAUAUUCUCUUCGUUCGAGUUCUCAACACGUAUCUACCGCGCUUUAUGCGGAAGGCUUCACUGUUUGCAUGGGGAGUCCCUUUGGUGAUUGUUGGAAUCACUGGAGGAUCAGCGAGGGAGCACUACGCGCAGACAGAUUUUUGCUUCCUUGCAUUCUGGCCUCUCAUCGGUGGUCUCCUGAUUCCAGUUGCUUUCGUCAUGAUCUUCAACAUGAUCAUCUUCAUUCGUGUCAUUAUACGAUUGAACAGAACCGUGAAAGGAAGACAACUUGAUAAGACGGAGAAGCGCCAGCGCCUUCGACGUUUCCAGAAUGCGGUGUGUAUCCUGAUCCUGAUGGGCCUAACGUGGUCUUUAGGUUACCUGAGCAUCAUCCGACCGGCCAGUGAGGUCGUCCAAGGAAUCUUCACCAUCCUCAACUCUCUGCAGGGGUACUUCAUCUUCAUGCUGUACUGUAUGCGCCAGCCUCAGGUUCGCAGGACAUGGCGCUCACAGUUCAGCUGCUGCUUGUCGAAGUCUUUUGCGGCGUCCGGCGGCUUCACUUCAAGCUCUGGCCAAACUAAUUCGACGUUUAAGAAUAGCUCGGCCAGGCUCAGGGGACAGAGAGGCAACCGAAAUGCAAGGCUGAUGUCUAACUCUGAUUCCAGUGGGUUCCGCCCGGAGACAAUAGUACGUUCCCAACCUGAGAGACUGCCUAGAGCUGCAUACCAAAACGACGGGGCCGAGUGGUGAUUUGAUAACAGUACUAUAAUGAAACUUGAUAAAUGUUUUAAAGGCAGAUUGCGUUUUGUACGAAACUACACAGAAAUAAUAACGGUGAUUUAAAGACACAAGUAGUAAUGGUUUGAAAAUAUUAACCCAUGCAGUCUUUUAACCUAUAAAACAAUCAUGUUUUUCAACUAGCAACAUGCAAUAAAUUCAAACAUGUUAAUAAUUUCAUACAUAGAAGGUCAUUGGGGACAUUAAAAUGAAUACGAGUUUGACCAUAUUUGCAUAGUAAAUUCAGCAUUUUUCAUGUCUGUUAAAUUGCUAUUGAUGGUGCAGAGUCGUUGGUUAUCAACUUUCCUGUUUAUUUAUACAUCACUUAAAUGUAGUCAUCAAACAAUUCCCUUUUUUUAUCUAUAUUUCCAAUAAACUUAUUUCGAAUCAAUUCGUAAAGGUGUCAUCACGUGGGUUGUAGCAUGGGUUGUGAUAAUGAAUUUGAAUUUUAGUGUCAUUUGCCAAAAGUGAUUCUGCUUUGUUUAUGGUGUCGUGCGUGGAUGUUUUGACCAGCACGUUAAACAAAACAAUUAAUCAUUGACGGUCUUCUUAACGUUCAAACUCAUCUGAAAUAUUACAUAUUUGCAUUCCUAUAAGUUAUUUAUAAUGUUUCCAAACUUUUUUCGCGUGAUUUUUCAUUGACGUUUUAAUGUUACUAAUUGUUUUGUAUGUGAACGAAGUUUCUUUAUCAAAUGAAGUACUAUAAGAUAUAUAUUUAUUUAUUUGAAAUCGGCAGAAUUUCUGAAAUUUUGCAUAUUUAGUCGGACGUUAUAGUAAAGGGGUAUAUGCACUUUUUUUAAAAAGCCAUUGAUGGUUUUAGUUUCUAAACGAGGUAACUUGAACAUCGAUCGACUAAACCUUGAAUAUUUAUCGACUUAAGUUUGGCUAGCACAAUCAAAUAGUACAUUAAUGGAGGGUUCGGAAUUGUAAUAAAGAGAAAUCCAUUCAUCCAUCCUAUCCAUUUUGACCCUGUGUAUAGAUCAGAUAUAUUGCUACUUAGUAGGAGGUAAACUAAACGUGAGGCUAUUGACAAUUUGAGUGUAUUUCGAGAAUUUUUUUUUUAUUAAGACUAAGAAGCAUAUUUACUGUGCAAUACGUGAACAAGUGCUGAAUAUUAUAUUAUGUUAUGAAAUAGAGAUUAGCCUUUUUAAAAUAAUGUUUAAAAAAGUGUUUAACGUGUUUUUUAACCUGAGGAAUUUAUGAAAUAAUGAGAUUUCUGAUAAUGUAGAUAAAUAUUCAUUGAAUGGUAGGUGAUCAACGCGAUAUCUUCUUUUGUUUCCUCACUUUAUGUUAUUAAUGCAGCUGAAUAUAGUUCUUCUAUUACCGAGCAAGGAUUGUGUCCAUUAAAUUUUGUGAAAACUGUUAGAGUAAUUGUAUUAAUUACCACUGACACAAUAUACAGACGAUGAUAUUUAGAAUUUCAUUUUUAUUCGUAGCUCUUUUACCUGUUCAGCAUUUUAUGUCUCAUUUUCUUGUAUUUUAUGAAAUGGAGAACCUUUAUAUCUAUGUGUAUAAGCAAGUUAGCGGUGCGUUGCAGGUUUAGGUUUAUGGUUUCAUUAUUUUUAGUCCUUUUUACACAUCAUUAAUAAUGAUAAUAAUAAUGAUAAAACAUGAAUAAAAAUGGCAAUUAUAAUAGUGAUAAUAAUAAUAAUAAUUAUAACGAUAGUAAUAAUAAAAGACCCGUGGCGGUUUUAUAUCUUAACGAGCAUUUUUACCCGCGCUAACCAAGUUCAUGUCAGCAAUUUGCCAAUACCCCGGUAGCGUCCUAUUUUUUCGUACCACGACGAGGCCAGAUUCCAGUAUGAACUCAU